AUGAAUGGAUUGAAUGAUAUACUUACAAAUGAAUCUAUUUACAAUCAAAUACUAGAAGAAGAAGAAAAGAAUUGUUUUCAAGAAAUAUUGCUAAAUGAAAUAUGGGAUAUAUAUGAAAAUAAAUUGGAUGGAAAUGAUACAAAGAAAAAUGUAAUAGAUAUUAAUAACUUUAUUUUUUCAAAUUUUCAUAAUGAUAUUUUUAAAAAUUACGAAGAUUUAGAGGUUUACAGUAAUGCUAAUAAUUUAUUAAAUGAUAAUGAAAAUAAAAAUAUUAAUAAUAAAAUUGAACAGAAUAUUAAUUUUAUGAGUGGUAUUAAAUGUUUAGAUAUAAAAAAUUUUAUGAAUUUUAAUCCUUUGUUUAUUAAAAUUUAUCAUGAAGAAAAUAAUCAUGGAAAUAAUAGCAAAUAUAAUUUUCAGAAUGAUUCCUUUAAUAUAAAAAAAAACAAUGAUAAUAAUUAUCAAGAAGAAAAAGGACAUACAAAAAAAUUAAAAGGAGAAAUAGAUUCUGACGAAAUUAGGCAGGGUAAAAAUUUUGUUUCUGAAGAUAGUGAUGAUGCUAUAUAUACUCCAAAAGCAUUAAAAUUAAAAAAGAAAAAAAAAAGUUAUUUAUCAGAUGAAAAUGAUGAUAUUGAAAAGAUUUCUUCAAAAAAAAAAGAUACUUUUUCUAAUGCAUAUGAUAUCUUGGUAAAAAGAAAAGAUGAAAAAAAUGAGGAAGCAAUCCAAGCAUUCAAUUUUAUUAAUGAAAAAAAAAGAAAUAGAAAUAUGUUGAGAAAUAAUAAAAAUGAAACAAAGAGUGAAAAAAAAAAAAACUCAAAAAAAAAUAAUGAUGAUUCAAAUGAUGGGUAUGAUGAAAUACCAGAAAAAUAUUGGUCUUUAAUAGAUCAAGGAAUAGAAAUAAAUGUAAUAAGGUAUGCAUUAGGUAUGAAAAUGGAUUCUAAGGAGCAAAUUAGAGAAUCUGAUAUUAUUGGUUUAUAUGAUAUUAAAAAAAUUAUAAAAGACAAAAUUGUUAAUGCAAUUUUAAGACCAGACUUAUUUACUGGAUUAAAUAGAGCUGCUAAAGGAAUAUUACUGUUCGGACCACCUGGUACUGGAAAAACUAUGAUAGCAAAAUGGGUAGCAUCUUUUUGUAAAUGUUCUUUUUAUAAUGUCAAUACAUCAUCAUUAUUUAGUAAAUAUAUUGGAGAAACAGAAAAAAUUGUUACAAGUUUAUUUAAGUGUGCAGAAAUAGAUAAUCCUUCUAUUUUAUUUUUUGAUGAAAUUGACUCUUUGUUAGGUGCAAGAAAAAAGGAUGAAGAUGACACAACAAUAAGAAUUAAAAAUCAGUUAUUGCAAAUGAUUGAUGGAAUAAGUACUAAAAAAGAUAUUAUCACUGUUAUUAUUGGUGCAACUAAUAGGCCUGAUAUGAUAGAUGAUGCUGCUUUGAGGCGUUUCAAUAAAAGAGUAUAUAUUCCUUUACCUGACUUUCAAGCAAGAAAAGAACAAAUCCGUUACAUUAUUUCAAAACAUACUCAUUCAGGAUUUCAAAUGACUGAAGAUGAAUUAGAUACUGUAUCACUUAAACUAGAAAAUUGGAAUGGAAGUGAUAUUUAUCAUCUUUGUUCAAAAUGUUACGAAUAUGUAUAUGAUGAUGCAGUAGAACAAUAUAAUGGAAUACAAAACAUACCCAGUACUUCUAGUUUUCGUGCUAUUAAAUAUAAUGAUUUUAUUAAGGCUAUGACUCAAGUUAAUACAUCUUAUAAAAAUGUUUUUGAUUAUGAUGAAUGGAGUAAAAUGCAUAGUUCAUUGUAG